AUGGCGGAUUUCCUGCCGUCCAGAUCCGUGUUAAAAGUUUGUCUGCCCGUCUGUCUCCUCAACAGCGGCGAGGUGGAACAGAUCCGAAAGUCCAAAGAGAUCGACAGAUGUAUUUCCAGGGAGAAAACCUACGUGAAACGGCUGGUGAAGAUCCUGCUGCUGGGCGCUGGCGAGAGCGGCAAGUCGACUUUCCUCAAACAAAUGCGGAUCAUCCACGGCCAGGACUUCGACCAGCAAGCCAGAGAGGAGUUCAGAGCCACUAUUUACAGCAAUGUUAUCAAAGGUGUCCGUGUGCUGGUUGACGCCCGGGAGAAGCUGCACAUCCCGUGGGGUUGCCCGGACAACCAGGAGCACGGGGACAGCUUGAUGGCGUUCGACACCAGGUCGGCCAUGAUGGCCGGCGGCCAGGUGGAGACGUCCGUCUUCCUGCAGUACCUGCCCUCCAUCAAGGCUCUGUGGGCCGACUCGGGCAUACAGAACGCCUACGACCGCCGCCGGGAGUUUCAGCUGGGCGAGUCGGUGAAGUAUUUCUUGGAUAAUGUGGAUAAGCUCGGCGAGCCGAGCUACCUGCCCAGUCAGCAGGACAUCCUGCUGGCCCGUAAGCCCACCAAGGGCAUCCACGAGUAUGACUUUGAGAUCAAGAACGUGCCCUUCAAGAUGGUGGACGUGGGAGGCCAGCGGUCAGAAAGGAGGCGCUGGUUCGAGUGUUUUGACUCGGUCACCUCCAUCCUUUUCCUCGUCUCCUCUUCCGAAUACGACCAGGUGCUGAUGGAGGACAGGCAAACCAACCGGCUACGCGAGUCGCUCAACAUCUUCGAGACCAUCGUCAAUAACCGUGUCUUCGUCAACGUCUCCAUCAUCCUCUUCCUCAACAAGACAGACCUGCUGGAGGAGAAGGUCAAGAUCGUUCCGCUCAAGGACUACUUUCCUGACUACACCGGGCCCGAGCACAGCCUGCAGGACAUCCAGGCCUUCAUGGUGGAGUGUUUCCGGGCGAAGCGGCGCGACGCCACCCAGAAACCCCUGUACCACCACUUCACCACAGCCAUCAACACCGAGAACAUCAGGCUGGUGUUCCGGGACGUCAAGGACACCAUUCUCCACGACAACCUCAAGCAGCUCAUGCUCCAAUGACCCCUCCCUACCUGUGAAAACAGGGGACCUGAACGGGGGCCCCCUUGGCCCUUUAGGAGGACUUGGGAGAGACUAGCCUCACAGAAGAAUCAGAUAGUUCCAACAUUCUUCUUCUGUCGUUUUUAUAUUAGUUUUUACUCUCCGCUUUUGAAGAGUUGGCCUUGUGGCUGGUUCAGGGUGUGGUAGGGGGCUGGAGCCAGGAGGGCAGACUGGUUGUGGGGUCAGACCUGGGCUGGGUGUCGGGAAAUGCCCGCCGCCUGCCGCCUCGCCCUCUGAGACCCGCUGCUCUGACCUGCUCACCGCCUCACAGCGCAGGAACUCGCUGGCUGUGAGAGACCGAGGAUGAAACCCCGGCGCUUUUCCUACUUUAACGUCUUACCGGAAAAUUGAAUCACUGUUGAAAUCCUGCGUUUGUGCCUGUGUCUGUAUGCGUGCACCGCCCCUCUGUAUGUGUGCAGAAAUUUAGUUAAGCUCUCUGUCAGUUGCUAUACCAUAUACAAAUCAUGUCUCUGUAUUUGUGCGACAUCACACACACACACACACACACACAGCCACAUUAGGCAGGUGUGCCAGUUAGUGAACAGGCAGUCCACUGUUUUCUCAGGGUUGAAUGGAAACCACUGUUGGUGAUGAUGUCACUGUUGUUGAACCAAGUUGAAUAAUCUAAUCCUAAUCUGGGUGGCAGAGCGGCGAGGCUCAGCCAGGCCUCGGUACCGGUAGCUGAUUGGUAGUUGGUACUGUAUCCUCCUGGCUUUGACCCCUGAACAUUAGCCCAGCCCCACACACCCCACCCCCCUUCUCCCCUCCCAUUAGUGGCCUUAUAAAGGGACAGACCUACCCUGUUUGCCUAAAUGAUGAAUGUCUGUUUAUAGAUGUACAGAGAUUUGCUCUACUUGUUGUAGAUUUUCUGAAUAUACUAUAACCUGUAUAAGACAUAACCUGCCAUGUAAGCGUGUUAUGUGUUGACUUAUUCCUCACAUCUCUCAAAGUAUUCAACCUUGCUGUAUUUUUGCAGAUGAGCGUGUCCAAAAAACGACAUACAGAACAGCAAACUGUAGGAAGAAUUGCCAGAGGUGAAUGCUUUUUUUGAGUUACUGUAUUCUCUUGUGGGCCAAUCUUAAUUAGAGGACAAUUUAUAGGCAAAAUUGUGUUUUGUUUUUCUGCCAAAAUCACCCCUGUGCCUUCUCUUGAGACUGUUCAAAUCGACAGUUUUUGUAGUUUUCCUCCUAAAAUGGAGCUGCCGUGAGCUUCCCUGUGCUUCCAAUCCUGGCCUUGUACAUACUGUAAUCUGUUGCCAUGUAAAUAAUCCUCCAAGUUUAUCUCCUUGUAUGUAAAUGGUUGUAGAAAUGGGAUGUUUUAUUUCCCAUUCUGAAUGUGUCUUAAAUCAAUGCCUUUCCAAUGAAGAUCACUUUUUUUGUAGGUCUAGCUACGUAUUGGUGUAAUUUUUCUCAUCACUGCUUCAAAUUCAUUCCUGUGUCAGUCUCAUGCCACUCUAACUGUAUCAAUAAAAUACACUUUUCUAAUUACA